AGUUGUGGCAGCAUGGCGAGCCAGCUUCGUGGCAUAAUCGUGUCGUUUCCCACUUGCUGUUCCAGACCCAAAGUGCAUCGAUUCAGUCGUGAACCAUGGAACCAGCACAGCAGAAACGUCAGCAGCUCCACCACUUCACCAUAUUGGUCGAGCAUGUCGUUUUUCGGCUGCGACGCGAUACUGUGCCCUCCCACCAGUCAACAACAGAUACCGUCAAGACCUCGCUGCGACGGACGCUUUCCAAACCGUUCAAGGACAGACGGCAACCUUCGAAGGAACGAAUCCUUGAGGAGAAACCUGUGACCGGUGCAGAUGAGCCUAAAAUAUCGCCAACGCGUGGCAAGUCCCUGAGAACUGCGCCGAAGCUGUCGCGCGAAAUCAUGGCGAACAAUUUGCACCAGGUCGAGGACUAUGUGCGCCGUACAAGCGUCCGCGUACAACAUCUGGAAGCGCUUAUCGAAAAAGAAUACUCGACAAUUGGUCAAGUCACUGAAAUUAAGAGGCAACUCAAAACAGCACACAGAAACCUAGAGAAGUUUCACUUCGAGCGAUGUCCGCUGCUUGGCAACGAUGUCAAUGCGUGGGUCUUGGGCGCCAUGCGACUUGCAUGGCAGGCAUAUCGUCGAAUGGUGAAGCUGGAGGAGAAGCUGAGGAGCCUUCCAGUAAGCCUCUCAGACAGCGAUGAUUGGGUUGGAGACUAUGAGAAAGAAUCGCCAGUCAUGAUUGGGAUCGAGAUGGAGCCAGAGAAGAAGCUGCUAGACGCUGACACCAUGGCUGGCGCUGCAGAAGAACCACGAAGACAACGAGUGCAGCCUGUCACGUACGUCCCGACUGGGAUGAAAGGUGCCAGAUUGAACGCACACGUAUCGAAAGCAACUACGCUUCCCAUGAAAGGACAUACGGAUACAUACCGGAUGUCUGGUGCUCUGCCAUCAACCGAAGAAUUGCCCUUUGAUCCUUCCCCAACACAGGCGUCAUCUGAGGUGAUACCCGUUACGACGCCUCGAAGGCUUCCUCGAUUGAUAACAAAUGACCUGGGCUUAGUGGACAAUGGCCAUUGCGAUGGCGCAUAUGACAGCGACGAUUCCCUGUAUGAGACCCGGAUACGACGCCGUAGAGCUGAACAGAGGAAAGAGUGGUCUGUUGUCGAAAAGCUCGAUCCGGUCCAAGCUACCCUGUCGAAGACUGAGGUAGAAGCCCGCCUACGAGAGGAAGAAGAAGAACUGGCACCCAUCCUCAUCGAACCGGACAGGCGGCGACAGGGCAGCUGCGAUGGCUCUAUGGUGACGGACAUGGUGAUGAACAACGUUCUUAACGACAACUACGUCGUACCGUAUCUUCAUUUUAUCAAGCACCACGAACUGCGAGCGCUCAAACGAUGGCUAGUGGUCAAUCAGUAUGUCAGGAAGUCGUUUGCAAUCAGCCGCAUGGAGAAGGUGCUGCAUUGCAUCGAGCUUUUGCAGACUGGAUGUCGUUAUGAGACCAUCGCAACCAUUUUCUCACGGACACCGCGACAGGUAGAGAGCUCCUGCCACGAAGUCAUGGAAGGACUUCUGGAGCUACACGGCUUUACCAUGAUCAAGGCCCGCGAUCAAGAGAUGUAUACGACGCUCUGGGGUCUCUGGUGCAGGAAGUAUGAAAACCCUCAAAAUCAGCAUCCAGCCGCUUACUAUUACGGCUUUGACUGGCUGGAUAUUGGCAAGGUCAUGGUGACGCUCAACCUCUACAUUGGCAGAUGGCGCGAGCAAGGGAAGUUCUCGCUCGAAGGACCAUCGCUCAAUUGGGGCAAGUUCUUCGACGCAGAGGGAACAGGUCGAUUCCCGCGGAUGGAUCAGCCCUUGCGGUUGCAAUACAGCACUAUCAGCACUAAUUCCAGCGACGCCUUGGACAACGAGAGCGAAGAAGAGGACUAUGACGAUAGUGAUGGUUCCCUUUACGAUGGAGGCGCAGUUCAAACGGUCUGAAGGAGUGUCACUACUGGCAGGUAUCGAGCAAGUCUGGGGUCGAGGGUUUCAGAUCCAAUCGGCUUUCA